AUGAGAGAGGCUACAGCAAAAUACUCUGAUGUGCUCUUGAUGGACACUACCCAUCAAAUCAGCGACAACAAUAUGCCGCUAGUUGUUCUAGAGGUUGUCGAUUGUUAUGGGGCAGGCCGAAUUGCAGGCUCUGCCUUAGUUCUUUCUGAGACCACAGAGGUGUUUUCUACUGUGUUGGGUGCUCUUAAAGAAGGAUGCUCAGACUUCCUUGAGAAGAUCCAAACUGUGUUCAUUGACAAACAUCCAGGAGAAAUUGUUGCUAUUAGAGAUGUUUUGCCAAAUGCAGAGAUCCAUCUAUGUGAUUUUCAUGUGAAAGAUGCCAUGAUAACCAAGAAAACACUUAGGCAACACACGGAUCAGUGGUAUAUUGUUGAGCCACUUCUCAAGAAGUUAAUCUAUGCCUUCUCGUUAGAGGAAUAUGGUAGUGUGUAUGUGGAAUUGGAGAAUACUGUAGGGCCUAAGAGUACGUUCAUGGAGUCGUUCAACAAAUAUUGGCAUAACAUUGAUUUGGUUUGGACAGAGUAUAAAAGGAACAAGGCACUUACUUUAGGAGAAAGGACAACAAGCAGAGUGGAGAGCCACAAUGCCAAAAUUAAGAAAGUUAUCUCUGAAAAGCUACCUGUUGCCCUUGUUAUCAUGAAACUACGGAUGCUUAACCACAGGUCCAAUGUAGAAUGGGAACAUAAGCACUUCAACCAGCAGUUGAAGUUGCACUAUCCCAAAUAUUCCAAAGAUCCGAUUAUACAGUGCAUCCAGAAAGGGAAUACUCCUUUUGUAGCUGAUCAGCUUCAAAGGCAGUAUGAAAGAAGUCUGCAAGAGCCAACAAGUUCUGUACAUGAAGUUACAAUUGAUAGCUGUGAUUGUGCAUUGUUUGUCAAGUUUAAACUUCCAUGCAGCCACAUAUUCAGGCAGCGAAGAACAGAUGGUAUUCAAAUUUAUGACCAAUCGUUGGUACCUGAAAGGUGGACAGCUUUACUCCAAAGCUCAGACAAUAAUGAUGGAAAACAGUCCUAUUUUUGUGUUGGAGCUCUGUCUUCUUCUGUUAAGGUAUCCAAAAACUCCAAACCACCUACAUCAGUUGAUCGGUUCAAUGCAGUUGACAAACUAUGCAAACGCAUAUCUUGUCUAGUAGCUAAUUUUGCUGGCCAUCAAUUUGAUUGUGCUGUAAAAGCACUUCUUAAUGUGGAAGACCUCCUUAAAUCUGGAAAAGAGGUUGCUGUUGUUGGGUUAGAUGCUGGUAGUGGUCCAUCCAACAUACCUAUUGUUUUAGAGAUUGUAGACAAUGAGCCACUUAUUACUUCAGAUCAUUUAGGCAUUAAUACUGAUGAAAUAAAUUCAGCACGACUUGAAGAAGUCCCUACUGUUGCCAAUGAGAAUACCGUACAACUUGAGACAGUGCCUCGCACAGUUUCAGUGCCUGAAAUACGGAAACUAGAAGCAGUACCUGUGCCAGAUAUCAGAUGCAUUGCAUGCCUAAAUAAUGACACACCAAGUGGUGCACAUAAGUGUGACACUUGUGGGAAAUCUGUCCAUGCCUUUGAUGAUAGUGACUGUUGCUCUAUCAGAGUUGGGCAAUCUGAGGGCUACGGGAGUAAUGGAAGCAGGCGAUGCCUCAAAUGUGCUGGAGGUAUCUGA